UUGCAGACACGGUCGAGUGCGCACAGCAACGGUACUUCUGGGAUCGGGUACGGUUACUAUUACGCUGUACGCUGUACGUUACGGUUUACGGGUUUCGGUCUUCCACUCAGUGCGCUAACGGUUGCGUGGGGUGUGCUCCACCACCUACUUGAUUGCCCUGCUACCGUGUUAGCCAUUCAAGUGUCGCAAGUUCAAGUGCGAUUUGGCAAAUUGCUGUAUUUAUUUAAAUUUAAAGUGCUUCUCAAGUGGCCAAGUGAUCGCAUCGCAUCGCAUCGCAUCGCGAGGAUGUUGCAACACCAUCAGCAGCAGGCUCAAUCGGGUGGCUAUUAUGACUACAACCAGUCCCCCAGUCCGGGCAGCUUGACAAAUGCAGAUGCAUUGAACACCACUCCGUUUUCAGUCAAGGAUAUACUGAACAUGGUCAAUCAAACGGAGGCUUACGAAGGCGCCUACGGACACCUCGAUAGUGCGACUGCUGCCUCGGCGCUCUAUGGCGCCGGUGAGUACCAGCAGCAUCUUCACCAGCCUUCACAUCAGUACCACGGCCACCAGCAGCAUCAGCACCAUCAGCACCAUCAGCAAUCCGAACUAACGGCCUCCCAGCAGCAGUUGCAGCCUCAGCUUUUGGACGAUGGCAGCACAACGGCGUCAUCUCUAUCGCCGCUCCUGCCACCCCCGCCACAUCAGCUUUACGGCGGAUACCAGGAUUACGGGAUGCCCGCCCACAUGUUCCAGCACCAUCACGGACAUCCACAUCCACAUCCACAUCCCCAUACCCAUGCACACCAGGGUUUUCAGCACUCGGCCUCGGCCUACAACAUGUCCGCCUCGCAGUUUUAUGCCGGAGCCUCGGCAUCGGCCUACCAAAGUCCCGCCACCUACAAUUACAACUACGCCGGAGCCGGGGAGGUGUACGCCGGAGCCACGCCCUCGGCGGUGAGCAUCAAGAGCGAGUACAUACCCACGCCGUAUGUGACGCCCUCGCCCACACUGGACCUCAACAGCUCCGCGGAGGUGGACAGCCUGCAGGCGCCGGCGCAGAAGCUCUGCGGGAAUCCCCUGACCCAGCGCCUCAUGGAGACGGCCAGCAACUCGGCCUCGCUAAGGAGCAUUCACAGCACGGAGGAGGGCACUAAGAGAAAGGACAACAGCCAGGUCACUUCAUCGCGUUCCGAGCUACGUAAAAGCAGUAUUAAUGGCACCAGCAACCAUGGCAGUAAUGGCGGAUCCUCCAAGCCGAGAAUGAAAAGAAAGCCGCGGGUUCUUUUUUCCCAGGCUCAGGUCCUGGAGCUGGAGUGUCGCUUUCGUCUGAAGAAGUAUCUGACGGGUGCGGAGCGUGAGAUAAUCGCCCAGAAGUUGAAUCUAUCUGCCACGCAAGUGAAGAUAUGGUUCCAGAACCGGCGUUACAAAUCGAAACGGGGUGAUAUCGACUGCGACGGCAUUGCCAAACAUCUGAACUUAAAGUCGGAGCCACUGCAUUCGCCCACAUCUCUGCCCCCGCCGAUUCCCAAUCACGUUAUGUGGCCACCGACCAUCCAGCAAUCCCAGCAGCAGCAGCAGCAGCAGCAACAUGUACAGCAGCAACAGAUCCAGCACAUGCAGUAGUUCCUCUACAGGACGAAGGAUUCGAGUCUCUAAUUUAUUGCAGUUUCAAGCAGUCAUUAUGUUGUUGUUUAAGAAAAUUGCCUCAUAGCUCUAGUACCUUGUUUUAUGUAUAUAUUG